GUGUUGGAGAAAAUUGGAUAAUGAUGUAUUUUAUGGUGUUUUUCUCUGUCGUUGACUGCGAGGAUUCAUUUGUAUUAUUUCUUUUCAAUAAGGGCUAUGAGGUGGAGAUAUAUAGUAGGACCCAUUUAUAUCAACUCUUCGUAAAAUAGUCAAAAAGCAUAUCGUGGGUAUCUAAGCUCCAUCCAUAUCGUUUUGGUAUAUGAUACCAUACUUUCACACAUGGAACACGGCUUUAGCAUCUUCGUAGAAAUAUAGCAGGUGCAUUAAGGAAGUAAAUAAUCUUCAGCGGAAAUUCCUAGAUUAGUUUGAACUCUUUCCAAUUCGAUGGAAGCUUCUCUACUUCGAAUGAAUUUGAUACAGUUCCUCGUAUGUAUUUUGUCUGAUUGAAAUAUAUUUUGCUCGCAGUUUCUUGAAUGUUGUCUAUUACUUUAAUUCAUAAAGUGAAGAUCUAGAUUUUGGAUACUGUAAAAGAUUAAUUUGUGGUUAUGAAAAUGGGUACAAACUGGAUGAGUGCGCCUAGGUCAAGCACCCUAUUUUUGAAAGGGUUAGGUGAAUUCCUUGAUGUUGAAAGCAAGAAUAAUGCAAACUCUAGUGGAGAUAUUAAGUGCCCAUGCGUCAAGUGUGUGAAUAACGUGUGGUUAACACGUGACACAUUAACCGAGCACAUUGUCUGUAAUGGCAUUAUGAACGGAUACGAUGAAUUGAUAGCUCAAGCCACCACACAGGUUCAUAAAGAAGUUGCCAAAGUCGGAAUAUGGGGAAAAAAAUCAAAAGGGUCUCCACAAAAUCACUGGUCUUUUCGACUUGACAAUAAUCACAAGCUAAAGAAGAUAACUAUAGAUCAUGGUGUUCUAAUAUAUUCCCUCAUGUUAACUUUUGAAGAUAGCAAAGGAUGUUUGCAUGAUUCCGAAAAAGCAGGUGGUUGGAAUGGCGGCGACCAAAUUCAUGAGGUGACAUUUGAUCCUGAUGAGGAGAUCGUUGGCAUUAAUGGAACUGUUGAUGUAUCAACAGGGGUAUAUUCUGGUUACACUAUUAUAGCAUCGUUGUCUUUCAUAACCAACAAACGGACACAUGGGCCUUUUGGUCAGACAACAGGGACACCUUUCACAGUACCAUGGAACAAAGGCUCUUUUGCUGGAUUUUAUGGCCUUGCUGGUUAUUACAUAGAUGGCAUCGGUGUUUAUUUAAAGGCUUCUCAAGACACUGCACGAGUUGGACUAUGGGGAACAGAGUCUAGUACUGGUCCUCAAUAUCGAUGGUCGUUUUGUCUAGAGAAAAAUCAUAAGCUCACAAAGAUAACAAUAGAUCAUGGUGACAUGAUAUCUUCUCUUGUGUUCACUAGCGAAGAUUGUCUGGGUUCAGUCCAUGUUUCUAACAAGGCUGGUGGUUAUAACGAUGGAUCCACAAUCUCUGAGGUUAACCUUGCAUGGGACGAGGAAAUAAUUGAAAUUUGUGGAACGUUUGGGGUCUCAUCUCGGGCGUAUGCCGGCAAGACCAUAUCAUCGUUGUCUUUUGUAACAAACAAAAGGAGUCAUGGACCUUUUGGCCGUGCAACAGGGACUUGUUUUUCAGUGCCCUGGCAAAAAGGUUCAUUUGCAGGAUUUUAUGGCAUUGCUAGCUAUUAUAUUGAUGGUAUCGGUGUUUAUUUGAGAGCUACUGAAUGACGAAAAUAUGUUUCUAAAGUAGAAAUGAUUAAAUUUGUAACAUUUAAGUAUUUAACCAAAACAUGUUUUUAAAUAAAAAUGACAAAUUUAUAGCAUUUAAGUGUUGCUGAUUCCAUAAUUACAGAUCUUUUGGAAACGUCAUGUUUUAUAAAAGGAGCACCUGGCCAUCAAGCAGUAGUCGGGGCCAGCAAACAAGAGCAUGAAACAAUUCAUAAUACACUAACUAUGAACAUGAGAGUUGCUGAGCAGGUGUGAGCACCACUCAGCCAAAUCGAUUCUACCCUUUUUACACCUACAUUCCACACAAAGAAAAACCACUGACUUGAUCUUCUCCGGGGAAGACGAGUGUUUGUUGAAAAGCCUAUCAUUUAUAGAUAACCAAAGACACCCUAAGAGCGGACGGAGUGCUUGAGGGAAGCCGUGUAGGACCCUUUCCUGCUUACCGAAACACCACAUCGAGACUGCCGGAACGGAGGUUCGGGAAGGAGGUGGGCGGAGGGGUUGCCGCAGUCUGUUUAUUAGUAG